AUGGAGAUGAAGAUGAGGAUCCUCUUCGCCCUGCUCGUCGCCGCCGCCUCGGUCACCGCGGUGCUGGCCUCCACCGAGGCCGCCGCCGGUGGUGCUGCGGCCGCCGGCGCCCCAACUGCCUCCGAGUCGUCUGCCGCCGGCGCCGAGGCCCCCGGUGGGGCCGCCGCAGCCGGCGGCGCCGCGGGACCCUCCGGCGCCACCAGCGGCGCGCCCGCCCUCACCGCCGCCCCCGCCGCGCUCCUCUUCUCCCUCCUCGCCUACUACCUCCACUAA